GCCGAGAUUGAGCAAGCGACAGACACGUCACCCGCCGACGCCGCAGCCCCUUGGGGCCCGCUGGGAUCCUCUCCCUGUGUGUAGAAUGAGCCAAGGAGACUCGAACCCAGCAGCUAUCCCACAUGCAGCAGAAGACAUUCAAGGUGAUGACAGAUGGAUGUCUCAGCACAAUAGAUUCGUCUUGGACUGUAAAGACAAAGAGCCUGAUAUACUGUUUGUGGGAGACUCCAUGAUACAGUUAAUGCAGCAAUAUGAGAUAUGGCGAGAACUUUUCUCCUCACUUCAUGCACUUAAUUUUGGAAUUGGAGGGGAUACAACAAGACAUGUUCUGUAGAGACGAAAGAAUGGAGGACUGGAGAACAUUAAACCUAAGGUCAUUGUUGUUUGGGUAGGAACAACCAACCAUGAAAAUACUGCAGAAGAAGUAGCAGGUGGAAUUGAGGCCAUUGUACAGCUCAUCAACACCAGGCAGCCACAGGCCAAAAUCAUUGUAUUGGGUUUAUUACCUCGAGGUGAGAAGCCCAACCCUUUGAGGCAAAAGAAUGCCAAGGUGAACCAACUUCUCAAGGUUUCACUGCCGAAGCUUGCUAAUGUGCAGCUCCUGGAUACAGAGGGGGGCUUCGUUCACUCGGACGGUGCCAUUUCCUGUCAUGACAUGUUUGAUUUUCUGCAUCUCACAGGAGGGGGCUAUGCAAAGAUCUGCAAGCCCGUCCAUGAACUAAUCAUGCAGUUGCUGGAGGAAACACCUGAGGAGAAACAAACUACCAUUGCCUGACCAGCUCCCAUCAGUGUUCACAACCUCCCAGCUUCCUCAGAUCAGUUAUGUCACUGGCACUACAGAAUCCUCUUUCUUAAGGCACUUUGCAUUGUAGAAUGUUCCCGGAUGCCCACAUCUAGUGUUUGAAGGGAAAGAGGGUUUUAAAUUGGUCCUGUAUAUAGAAGGUUUGUUUGACACAAGAAAAUUAGCCAAGGAAGAUUGUUUAAAUUUUCAUUUCAAAUCACAAGGGGACUUUUUAGUUGUAU